AUGGCUCUCUCCCAGAAGGCUGCCUUCGGCUCGCGCCUGACCGCCAGGAAGGGCCUGGCGCCCGUGCGCGCGGCUGUCCGGCCCGUGGUGGCGCGUGCUAGUGCCCAGAGCCACAAGGCUCAGAUGGCAGCUGUCACUGCGGGAGCUGGCGCGGCAUUCUUCAUGGCCGUGCCCGAGGCCGCGCAAGCCGCUCAGGAAGCCUUCAUGAUGGCCGAGGGUGAGCCAGCUAUCGUGCAGAUCGGGUGGGCGGCCACCGCUGUUAUGUUCUCCUUCUCCCUGUCCCUCGUGGUCUGGGGCCGCUCCGGCAUGUGA